ACGACUUGUAAGCUGCUAAUAAUAUCAGUGGAUUGAAAUUUUGUGAAAAAAAGAAAAACUGAAAUUGACAAAAAUCAUGUCGGGAUACGUAGCUCGAAUUGGUCCUUUGGUUUUCUCAAACCUUGGCAAGUGGGCCUACAACAUGUCUGGUUUCAAUCAAUAUGGCCUGCACCGCGACGACUGCCUCUAUGAGAAUGAAGACGUUCAGGAGGCUGUACGCCGUUUACCACGCAAUCUUUACGACGACCGCAACUAUCGCAUCAUGCGCGCCUUGCAUCUGUCCAUGACCAAGACGGUUUUGCCGCAGGAGGAGUGGACCAAGUAUGAAGAGGACGUGAAGUACUUGGAGCCAUAUUUGCAGGAAGUCAUAAAGGAGCGCGAAGAGCGUGAAGACUGGAACAAAAAUCAUUAAAGACCAUCACAAAUGCUCGCCUAAUACGAAAUACCUUUAAUAAAAAAGAUUAUAUCUAUUGUA